AUGGAGUUGUACAACAUAAAUGCAUUUAUUGACGAUGAAGAAGUGGUACGGCGUCCAAAAGUAAUUAGACCUAGAACAAAUUUCUUUGAAGAAUAUGAUCAAAAGGACUUUUUUGACCGUUUCCGAUUAACCUGUAGAACAAGAGAGCUUAUUGUAGAAAAGAUUAGAGACCUCAUUGAGCAUCCCACAGAAAGAAAUGACUGUUUAUCAGCAAGUGAUCAAGUUCUUCUGGCUUUGAAUUUUUAUUGUAAUGGUUCGUUCCUGAGAACAUCAUCUGAGUUAUCUGGUGUUAGUAAAUCUACAGCCUGCAGAGUUGUUAGAAAAGUGAGUGCGGCACUUGCAUCGUUAGGAACACAAAAUAUAUCAAUGCCAGAAAACCAAGAAAUUCCCAUUGUACGGCAAUCAUUCUAUGAUAAAGCUAAAUUCCCAAUGUGCAUUGGAGCAAUUGAUGGAACUCAUGUAAGAAUACAAUCGCCUGGAGGAGACAAUGCAGACAUUUUUCGUAACCAUAAAACUGACGUUAAUGUAAGCGAAGAUGUAGCAGUUAUUGUCAACUUCAGUAGCUUCAUUAUAUCUUGCCUUUUAUUCAGACUGCACCACAGAAAGUGGCUCAGUAUUUGCAGCAGCAUUGUUGAUUUUACGGAAUUUGGCAAACCCUCAAAUUUCGAAGAAGCACAGAAACGAGGAGAAAUCCAUACAAUUGUAAUGCUCGUUUAUGUAAUAAUGAGUAUAACUGCUUAUUUCUUGACUGCGCUAUCGGAAAUAUCUACUUGUGAACAGCUGAACGAAAAACGUGGUGAUGGUACCACAGGUGUGGUAGUUCUUGCUGGAGCCUUGCUCGAACAAGCUGGAUCUCUUCUUGAUCGUGGAAUCCAUCCCAUCAGAAUAGCUGAUGGCUUUGAAUUAGCUUGCCAAACUGCAGUUCAGCAUUUAGAAAAAAUUGCUGAAGUUUUUCCAGUUUCCGCCGAAAAUACAGAUCCUCUUAUCAAGGUAGCCAUGACCACUUUGGGAUCAAAAAUCAUCAACAAAUGUCACCGUCAGAUGGCAGAAAUAGCAGUUAAUGCAGUUUUAGCUGUUGCCGACUUAAAGACUAAAGAUGUUAAUUUUGAACUCAUUAAAAUGGAAGGAAAGGUUGGUGGAAAGUUGGAAGACAGUACACUCGUUAAAGGAGUGGUCAUUGACAAGACAAUGUCUCAUCCACAAAUGCCGAAAGAAUUGAAGAAUGUAAAGUUAGCUAUCCUCACCUGCCCAUUUGAACCACCAAAACCAAAGACCAAACAUAAGUUGGAUGUUACCAAUGUUGAUGAAUAUAAGGAACUACGACAGUACGAACAAGACAAAUUCAAAGAAAUAGUUGGAUUGGUAAAAAAUGUUGGAGCCACUUUGGCUAUCUGUCAGUGGGGUUUCGAUGAUGAAGCAAAUCAUUUAUUACUUCAACAGGAGCUUCCAGCAGUCAGAUGGGUGGGAGGACCAGAAAUAGAACUCAUAGCUAUCGCAACUGGAGGACGCAUUGUACCUAGAUUUGAAGAGUUGAGCCCAGAGAAACUUGGCACUGCUGGUCUAGUUAGGGAAAUAUCUUUUGGUACCACAAAAGACAGGAUGCUGGUCAUUGAAGAGUGCUCAAAUUCUCGAGCCGUCACUAUUCUCGUACGUGGCGGCAAUCAGAUGCUGGUAGCUGAGGCAAAGAGGAGUUUACACGAUGCCUUGUGUGUUGUUCGAAGUUUGGUUCAGGCUUUGGCAGAAAACAGUGGAUUGUCAUCCGUUCAUGUUCUUGGAGAAUUGAAG